AUGCUCCUACCAACGGUGGCUCUGGCCGCGUUAGUACCCACCCAAGUACGCGCUGCAGCGGCUGACCAAAUGGACUUCGCCGCUUGUCCGGUGCGACACAGUCCCGAGUAUUACUGCUGUGAAUACUCGGAGACCACCAAGGUGCUCUACACCAAGUACAACCGUCCGUCGGGCGGCGACUACGAGUCGUACUACAUCGAUGGCUGGAACGAACAGCGUCAAGUGAACUUCCCGUACACAAUGUACCAUCCUACCACGCAGGAGUUCUACUAUGAUGAUCCCAGCACGAUCUGCCGCGUGCAGGCUGUGGCCAACACGGAAACGGGCCUGUUGACGGAAGAACUGCAGUGUGCAGACACCAACUCGUCACUCGUGGCUGCGUCUCAAGACAGCACCGUCUUCUGGACGUACGCGGCAAAUGUCCGCAACAACAACGCCACAUUCCCCGUUGGCGCUACCUGCUACAGCAUCAUGCUGCGUGACGGCACAGUUGACACGGAUCUGAAGGACGCGUGUAUCUCCACGUCCUCAACUGUCGAGCCUCGCUUCACCACGUUCACUGAGACUCCGUUGGUCAUCAUCUAUCUGUUGUAUCUGGCCUUCUUUAUCAUCCUUGGAGGUUGGGCGGUCUACAAGAACUUCAUGCAGAAGUCCAACAAGUCGGUGGACGAGAUGAACAAGAAGCUGAUCGGCACGCCUCAGACGCCGUCGCGUGCUGUCGCCGGCAACGCGCACGGCCGCCACACCAGUGUACGCGUCUCCGAUACCCGCAUGCAGAUCGAAGCGGCCGAGGGUAUCCUCCAGACGGGGUUCUCCACGUCGUACAUUGGUAACUUCGUGUUCGGCUGUGUGAUCGUAGCGUCUCUUGCUCUCAAUGUGCUGCUCAUCAUUAUCAUCUGCGAUUACUACGGUAACUUCGACCCUCCGCUAUUCGAUACGUCGGAGGACAACGCUCUCGUGUUCAUUAUCGUCUGGGUCAUUACGGCCAUUUGGUUCGUGGUCAUCGUGGCGAUGCAGGACCGCAUCUUCAACUUCUUCCGUCUCCGUGUACCACUCGACAAGUGCAAGUUCGUCUACAUGCUCAAGCGCGACGAGACGGAAGUGCUGCUUGCCGAUCGUUCGGGUGUAUCGGACUUUGUCGCUAAGGUCGAGAGUUUCUUCGCCUCCAAGGGAAAGAUCAGCGGAUACCGUACGACUGUUCCGGUGGUGGAGGUUGAUGGUCUUCGUGUUGUCGAGUUCCAACACAUCCGCUACGUGUACGAGGAGACUGAGCAACGCUUCGUGCCGGGAGCCGUCGCACUUGGUCGCACCUACGAUGAUAUGCAACAGGAAGCCAGCGGUCUAUCAGAUACCGAAGCGAGACACCGUAUCAACACGGUCGGAUCGAACUCGGUCGAUGUGGAAAUGCCGUCGUUGCCGGUAUCUAUGGCGCAGGAGUUCUUCACACUGUUCUACAUCUACCAGAUCAUGUGCUACUACGUCUGCGACGCCGAAGCUUCGGUUGUGUCGCCGUUCACGAGCAAGUCGAAGACGAUCCAGUCGGUGGUUGAUCUGUGCCGUGAAGGUCGCUGUAGCGUGGCGACUUCGUUCGCAUCCGUUAAGUUUCUCAUCAUGUACGGCCUCAUUGGCUCCGUGCUUCGGUUGUUUAUGUACUACCACGCUAUCAACCUGUCGCAGUGGUGCUGGAUCCUGGUGGAGGGUUUCAUGCUGGUGGGAUGCUCGUACGUCAUUACACUGUCGAAACCGCUGGAUGAACUGAAGGAAAUGCGUCCGACGUCGAGUCUGAUUGGACCUACCACGCUUUCAUCCAUCCUCGGACAGGAGGCCAUCAACAUCGUCUACCUGUGCUUCAGCAUCCACAUGCUGUCGAGUCAAGUCUGGUACUGCCCGUUCUCCCCGGACAACGUGGAUGUUGCCAAGUGGUGGCUCAUGUCGGACAACCACCUUGCCACGACGCUCUUCUUCUCGGUCAUCUUCCAGCAGCACAUCUCCGCUUGGGUCUUCAGCUUCGGCUCGACGUACCGCCAGCCGAUCUGGAAAAACUACUUGCUCAUAGCUUUCUUCGCUGCGGUCGGAGCACUCGACCUGUACAUGCUCCUGGGCGAGCCCAGCAUUGUCACCGAUCGCUUUCGUAUUUCGAGUGGCACCAACGUCGUUGGACUGCCGGACAUUCCCAUGCCCAUGAGCUUCCGCCUCAAGUUGUUCGCUAUGCUCCUCGGCAACAUCUUCACCUGCAUCCUGUUCGAGUACUUCGUGGUGCUUGGACCCGUGCGUUCGUACUUCCGCAAUAAGUACCACAAGGAUCUGAUCCCGAUGAAGAAGUAA